AUCAGAUCUGUGAGAGAGUAACAGAGAGUGGGCGAGAGAGAGAGAGAGAGAGAGAGAUGUUGGGAGGAACUCGCCGUUCAGGAGCAUGUUUGAGGUGUUGUUUGGUGGUAUUUGCAGUAGCUUCGGCUCUUUUUGUAUGUGGGCCUGCUCUGUAUUGGAGGUUUAAGAAGAGUAUAGAGCCGGGAAAGGGUUUUUGUAGCCCUUGCAUCUGUGACUGUCCUCCCCCUUUGUCUCUCCACAACAUCGCUCCUGGGCUUGUCAAUCUUUCUGUCUCAGAUUGCGGGAAAAAUGACCCGGAUCUCAACAGAGAGUUGGAGAAGCCAUAUGUUGACCUCCUAACAGAGGAAUUGAAGCUUCAGGAGGCAGUUGCUGAAGAACACAUGCACCACAUGAAUAUCACCUUUGUAGAAGCGAGAAGAGUGGCUUCCCAGUAUCAAAGAGAAGCUGAGAAGUGCAAUGCUGCAACAGAAACAUGUGAAGACGCCAGAGAGCAAGUUGAGGCAUUGUUAAUCAAGGAGCGAAAGGUGACGUCCUUGUGGGAGCGACGUGCCCGUCAAUUGGGUUGGGAAGGAGAGUAGGUACAAGUGUACAACAGAAAUACAUCUAUUUUAGU